CGGCUCAGUCCGACCCUCCGACCCCUAAUAGAAGUGACACCGCCAAAUCCCUCACACAAGUCCCUUCCCGGCAGCCUCUGCGCGCACCGCUGAAAGCGUCUAAUAGGGGCAGGGCAAAGAGCAGAUCGCCGAGCGCAUCGAUGUGCGUCAGAUAUGAUUGUGCGGCCAUGUUGGAAAUCCUGCUGAUUGGCUUCUUCCUGCCCCCGGUGCUGAGUGAGGGGGGCGCCGCCGGGGACUCUCGCUGGCUCCAGUAUCUGAAUCAAAUCCACACGGCUGUGCAGAGACACUCGCCCCCCGAUAGUCACAAUGGGACCUGUUACUAUAGGGUUCUGCAAGAAGACCUGGAGCCAUUUAGAUCCGGUAUCUCUCAGGACCUGAUGCAGAAUGCUCUUAAUCGAAAACUGGGGACCCAUUAUCAGAUCAUUAACCAUCGGCUGUACAGAGAGGAGGAGUGCAUGUUUCCAGCACGGUGCAGUGGAGUGGAACAUUUUCUGCUGGAGCUGCUCCCUAAUCUCCCAGACAUGGAGCUGGUCAUUAAUGUGCGAGACUAUCCCCAGGUCCCUCGCUGGAUGAGUCCUGUGAUCCCCAUCUUCUCCUUCAGUAAGACAUCAGAUUAUAAUGACAUCAUGUAUCCAGCCUGGACAUUUUGGGAAGGGGGACCUGCAGUCUGGCCCAUUUACCCCACUGGACUGGGACGCUGGGACCUUAUGAGGGAAGAUCUGAAGAAGGCGGCCGAUCUCUGGCCCUGGGAGAAGAAAAUUUCCAAAGGAUAUUUCAGAGGCUCCAGGACCAGCCCUGAGAGGGACCCCUUGAUCCUCCUGUCCCGGGAGAGCCCUGAUCUGGUGGAUGCAGAAUAUACCAAGAACCAGGCCUGGAAAUCCGAGCGGGACACUCUGGGGAGACCUCCAGCCAAAGAAGUUCCCCUGGUGGAUCAUUGUGGUUACAAGUUCCUGUUCAAUUUCCGGGGGGUGGCUGCCAGUUUCCGGCUCAAGCACCUGUUCCUGUGCGGGUCUCUGGUGUUCCACGUGGGGGACGAUUGGCUGGAAUUCUUUUACCAUCGGCUGCAGCCGUGGCUCCAUUAUGUGCCGGUCAGUGCGGAGCUUGCGGAUCUGAGGGAGUUACUGCAGUUUGUGAAUGAGAACGACGAGGAAGUGAAGAAGAUUGCAGAAAGGGGCCACAGGUUUAUCAGAGAUUUCCUGCGCAUGGAGGACGUGUCCCAGUAUUGGGGGUCACUGCUCCGCCAAUAUUCCCAGUUGCUCCAGUACCGAGUGCAGAAGAGGAAACACUACAGGGAGGUCACCGCUCCCCCCCCCCCACAUACUGAACUUUGACCUGUACCCCCACAAUUAGCUGCUGCCCCCUCACUACCUCAGCCGGGGCUUCUGUUACCUUCACCCGCCACUAACCUUACUGCAUUGAUCAGCCAGUCCUGCCCCCCCCGGGCAACUCUACCAACUGUCAUGUGUCACUGGCAGGUCUGGGCUGAACUGGAUUCUGGGGAGCAAUUUCUGCAGUGGGGGGGGACUAUUUGGGGAACUCGCCUCCCUCAUACCCUCUGUACUACCCCGCUGCACCCCCAGAAUAGACAGACGCACCUCAGGGGGGAGUGUGGGGCACUGGAAGCUCCGGAUUUGUCAGAAGGAGGAAGAACCAGGUGGGGCCCCUUCAUUACAAAUAAAGGGAUGUGAUGUGUAACAGGGGGGGCAGGUAGCUGAGCUCUUCUCCCAUUGGUUCAUGUAAAAUAUUAUGGGAGGUGCAGGGAAUCCCAUUUAUUUGGAGGGGGGGGGAUAUCAGACUGCACAGGUUCAAGCAUCUUCUACUGUUACAAUACCCCCCCAUGGCCCGCUUUGGGGGGGGGGGUCUCAAUUUUGUGGUUGUGGGAUCAAAACAUUUUUACACUACCAGCAAAUAAAACUUUUAUACAAAAUUAUAACUGAUCCUGUGGAUUUUCACAUUGUCUGACUGCAGAAUUCUGGAAUUUCUACAUAAAUCCAUCGACUCCAAGGAA